AUAGUUAUUCAUAUAUUUAGGCAGAAACAUAUUCUGCUACAUUUAUUUGGUAAAAUAACCCAAAUAUGUGUAUAUUAUUUAGUCUGCCCAAAAAUGUCAGGACAGAUAAAAUCCCCCCAUAUGUCAGGACAAUACAAAUACCCCCAAAAGGUCAGGACGAUACAAAUACCCCCCCCCCACACCCAAAUGUCAAAAUGUCAGGACAGUACAAAUACCCCCCACAUAUCAGGACAGUACAAAUACCCCCCACAUGUCAGGACGGUACGAAUACCCCCCACAUGUCAGGACGGUACAAAUACCCCCCACAUGUCAGGACGGUACAAAUACCCCCCACAUGUCAGGACGGUACAAAUACCCCCCACAUGUCA